CAGGAAAGAGAGCAGAGUGAUGUUAUUGCCUCAGAUACCAGAUGCUGAGAAUUUAUCUGGACAAAGCUUGCAUUGUGCAAUCACAAAACAUCAUUCAGGGGGCUUUGCGGGAAAUCCAGAUGAUGGCAUCUUCCACUGAUCACCUUCAUGUGUUUCCUCAUAACUGUUUUGGGUGUUUUCUUUCUUCUUUUUGAAUUGAAUUUUAGAAUUGCUGCACAGGGCUUUUUGAUUGGUAGUGCCAGCAACACUCUGGCCUGAAGCUCCUUUUUAGCAAAACUACUCUGAGACAAGACUUUAUCAAAGAAUUCAGAAACACCAGACCUUGCAGACAUCCUUGAACUUUAAAAGAGGUAUUUACAAGUGGUUACAAAUUUAGAAGGAAGUUGGAGAGAAGAGAAAUUUUAAGAGAAGACAAUCUUCUAUAUUCACCAUCAUGAAACUAAUAACAGCCUUUGUGCUCAAUUUAUGCUUACCCCUCUGUAUUUUGGGACAAAAGAGACAUACCUGAUAGAAGAAUGUGUAAGCAAAAACUAUACUCAGAAUUCUUGUGAGAAGGUUUUCUGCCAACUGUGGCAGAAGUGUGUGCAGGGCUCUUGUCUCUGUAAGCUACCCUACAAAUGUCCCAAAAGUGGCACCAUAGUUUGUACAUCUAACAGGAAGACCUUCCGAACUUACUGCCAUCUCAAAAGCUAUGAAUGCCAACAUGAAGGGAGCAAAUUUCUGCACAGAGGAAACUGUAACACUCAAGACAAUUUUCAAAUUUUCUUGGACCCAGACAAUGCAACCUCAGAAGGAACGAUACAAGUUGAAAUUACGACCUCUCAGAAGAUGUUCAUAUGUGGGAAUGGAUGGGGCAUGAAUGAAGCCAAUGUGGCCUGCAGAUACCUUGGAUUUCCUGAGUAAGAUAUUCUGGCAUGAAAUUUAAAGUAGUUUAUUCUCUUGUAUUUAAAAUAUGGUGACACAUCUGUUAUUUCUUUCAUUAGUGGAGCCAAGGUUGAAAAGCACCUUUGUAAAGUGCUUUCCGGAUACCUCCUUCCCACACAUCACAUUGCAUGCCCUGCCUUUUAACUCCUUAUUCUGUGGUGAGAAGGGAACAAACAAAUUGUCUAUUAUUAGUUUUUGUUUGUUUGUUUGUUUAAAACAGUGGUCCAUUGCCUACAUCAUCUACUUAGUCAAAAAUGUGUAACUAAGUAAUAGCUUCUGGCUUGAAUGCCCACCACCCUGCCCCAUCAGCCUACCAGGCAGCAUCUGCACCAAUAGAUGGAAGUCUCUUCGGCUGGUGAUCAUGGUGCAGGAGGAUGGUGUUUCCACACUCUCCAACCAGUGAGUGAAGCCUAAACCAUCAGAAGAAGAACUCCUGUCACAAUUUCUUGCUGUAGCUUUGCUUUCUGGAGGGGGAGGGGGGAAUCAUCAUCCUGCAUUCCAAUUCCCAAUACAACAGAUCUCCAUCUCUCAGUGCAGCCACUGCUUGACAUUUAUGAUCCUGGAAACAGUGCCACAAUUGUGACCAGUGGCAUCACUAGGGUAGGGCCAGGGAUAUGGACCACACCAGGAGACACCCUAAGAAGGGUGUGUGUGUGUGACUUCACUGCUCCUCAGACAUCUGCUUUGUCGCAGAAAUGGGCUGUGGGUGUAGGGU